AUGCAUCCACAUGUACUCGUGUCCAGCAACGCUGGUACCGAUGAUUUUGGUCUCGGGAAGCUGCUCAAGAGCAAGCAGAUCCGGAGUAAGAUCGCUUCAUACAUCGGUGAAAACAAGACAUUUGAGAAGAUGUACCUGGCAGGCGAGAUUGAACUUGAACUCACACCGCAAGAAACGCUCGCUGAGCGAUGUGCUGCUGGCGGAAAGGGCAUACCAGCAUUUUACACGCCUGCCGGCGUCGGCACUGUUGUUCAAAUGGGGACCCUCCCUUUACGGAACAGCGCCCCGGAUUCUACCGACAGCUUGCGGUAUCCUUCUCCCAGAGACUUGCAGUCUGAGAAUGGCAUCCUGGGCUUCGGUCCGGAUCCGACAAAAGGGCGCGACCAAGCUGAUCCAGAUCUAAUCAACGCUGGAAAGAAGACAGUCACGCUUAAGCCCGGUGCAGCCGUUUUUGGAAGCGACGAGAGCUUCGGUAUGAUUCGAAGUGGUCGCAUCGACGUCACAAUUUUGGGUGCAAUGCAGGUCAGCGCCACGGGUGACUUGGCCAACUGGAUGUUACCGGGAAAGGUUAAGGGUUUCGGUGGUGCGAUGGAUCUUGUGAGCAACCCUAGCAAGAUGAAGGUCAUUGUCACUAUGGAGCAUACAGAUAAAAAGGGAGCUCCUAAGAUCGUCAAGCAAUGCGCCUUUCCCCUCACUGGCCGAGCAUGCGUGUCUCGCAUAAUCACAGAUCUCAUAACUAACCUGGUGUACGAUGGAGAUUCAGGCGAAAUUAUAACUCAAACUAGGCGGUUUUCGAUGUGGACUCUUCCUCGGGAUUAA